CUAAACCCACAGCAGUUAAAUCAGUCUGUAUAUGCAGUAAAGCAUGCUUGUUAUACUCACUGUGGAACCUCAAGGGGUUAAUCCUCUGCAUUGUGUAAAAAGGCUGUUUGAUCCCAACUUCUCUGAUCCUCCCCUUCUUCCACAGCCCCCAAUCAAUCUGUUGAUAGUACAGAGCCUUAGGAGGACACUGUGCACAUGCUCAGCUUGGGUUUUUGGUGGGUGGGUUUUUUUUUGGAGGGGGAGGGUACAUGUGAUCGGCACAGGGCCAAUCAGCACUGUUCACACAGAGGGUUAGGGAUCAUGCAGCUUCAUAGGACAGUCGGAGGAGAAUGAAAAAUCCUCCUACAAGCUUUAACCAGUGCUCAACUGGACACUGAUAUAAGUCACAA